CCUCUGCAUGUGCUAAGCCACUCCUCAUCAUUCACAGAUAUACACAUACCUCACACCAUGUCCACCUCCAUUCCUCCAUUGUUUCCGGCCGCUGCCGCUAUUCUCCUCCUCCUCCUCUUUUCUCCUCCGGCAACAGCACAACACGAUUACCACGACGCCCUCCGAAAAUGCAUCCUCUUCUUCGAAGGCCAGCGCUCCGGUAGACUCCCUCCGGACCAACGUCUCAAAUGGCGUCGUGACUCAGCCGUCCAUGACGGCUCCACAGUCGGAAGAGAUUUGAGCGGCGGGUACUACGACGCCGGAGACAACAUAAAGUUUGGGUUUCCGAUGGCGUUCACGACGACGUUGCUGUCGUGGAGCAUUAUCGACUUCGGACGGAACAUGGGAUCGGAGCUGGGGAAUGCGCUUAAGGCCGUGAAAUGGGCGACCGACUAUUUACUAAAAGCGACGGCGGUUCCCGGCGUGGUGUUUGUACAAGUGGGCGAUCCUUACUCCGAUCACAACUGCUGGGAGAGACCCGAGGACAUGGAUACGCUUCGUACUGUUUAUAAAAUCGAUGGAGCCCACCCUGGGUCUGACGUGGCAGGCGAAACCGCCGCUGCCUUGGCCGCUGCUUCCAUUGUUUUCAGAUCACGUGAUCCUUCUUAUUCCAGAUUGCUGCUGAAUCGAGCCGUUUCGGUGUUCGAGUUUGCUGACAGACACAGAGGAGCGUACAGCGGGAGCUUGAGAAGGGCGGUGUGUCCGUUUUACUGCGACGUGAACGGUUAUCAGGACGAGUUGCUUUGGGGAGCAGCGUGGUUGCACAAGGCGUCAAGAAGGCGCGUGUACAGAGAAUACAUUUUCAAGAACGAGGUGGUGCUCAGGGCUGGGGAUACCAUCAACGAGUUUGGUUGGGAUAACAAGCACGCGGGAAUUAACGUCCUCAUUUCCAAGGAGGUGUUGAUGGGCAAAGCAGAAUACUUCUCAUCUUUCAGGCAAAAUGCAGAUGAGUUCAUUUGCUCAAUUUUGCCUGGAAUUUCUCAUCCUCAAGUUCAAUAUUCUCCUGGUGGGUUGAUAUUCAAGGCUGGAGGAAGUAACAUGCAGCAUGUUACCUCCCUGUCUUUUCUACUCCUGGCUUAUUCCAAUUACCUUAGCCACGCCAAUCGCAACGUCGCAUGUGGCGCUUCUUUAGCAUCCCCCGCUAUGCUCCGCCAACUCGCCAAACGUCAGGUGGACUACAUUCUAGGCGAUAAUCCACUGCGGAUGUCAUACAUGGUUGGGUACGGGGCGCGCUACCCUCUCAGGAUCCAUCACCGGGCCAGUUCCUUACCGUCGGUUCGGGCGCAUCCUGGUCGAAUCGGGUGCAAGGCGGGUUCGAGGUACUUUCUGAGUCCGAACCCGAACCCGAAUGUGUUGGUGGGAGCGGUGGUGGGUGGGCCCAACGUGACGGAUGCGUUUCCAGAUUCGAGGCCGUUUUUUCAAGAGUCGGAGCCCACUACGUACAUCAAUGCACCGUUGGUGGGCCUGCUGGCUCACUUUUCGGCCCAUCAUUGAUGGAAACGGAGAAACGUUGUGGGGCAUGUGUACGGUGUAGGAGAGAUUAUUAUUGUAAUAGUAGUGUAGUGGUGCGCGAAGGUCACCCUGCCGUUUCUUAUUUUCCUAAGAUUCCAUAUGUUCUAUCAAUUCCGCGAUUAAAAAUGAACGCUCUCAUUAUUAUAAUAUUUCUUUU